AAAGUUUUCACCAGCCCUGUCGGCGGUGCUAGAUGACACACGGGAUCUUGCACUGAGCGCAUUGGCAACGCUCAUUGAGCGUGAGGCAACAAAGAUUCUGGCACUAGAGGGUCGAGACAGUUUAAGGAGUUUCUCGAGAAUGAUUCAUUCCUUCUACACGACCACAAUCAGAGGACAAAAGCCUAGUCUUGUAUUCCUAAGUAGAAUUAGCGGGCUCAAAUUCUGAAGAAUUUGAUGCUCGUAGUAGGGAUCACUCUUGAAGAACAAUUGAUGACUUAGCUCUAAACAGGGGCGGCGGUGUAUGGAACAAUGACGAACUUCGGAGUAGAAG